CCUCAUUUUAUUUUGAAUAGUCUAUCGCGCAUCGCAGCUUCCAGCCAAAAACUCAUUGUCCUGUUGCCAAGACUUUCUCCCGAAGUGUCUAUGAUUCAUGAAUCCAACCACCUACCGCCUCCUUUCAAUCAACAAAGUCACGGAGGAGACUGCUUAAUUCCGUCGUCGUUAUCUGUAAUCUGUGUACUGUUAUACUCGACGGAAAGCAUCGAUCGUAGUUCCUGCAGCAUAGCAGCGUCAGUUAUUUCUCUAGCGUGCUUCGAACCUAUUCGGUGUUAACAACUUCGUUGAGAGCUCCGUUGUCAGUCAUUUAAGAGUUGAAUAUACAAAUGACGACGUCAGGGUAUGACAUCAGAGAUAUACUGGAAGAAGCACAAGUCCGAUGGCUAAAGGCAGGAGAGGUGCUUUUCAUACUGCAGAAUUAUGAUGAAAAGCAGCUCAGCCGUGAAGCCCCUCAACAGCCACCAAGUGGCUCUUUGUUUCUCUUUGACAGGAAAGUCCUGAGGUUUUUCCGUAAAGAUGGUCAUAGUUGGAGGAGAAAGAAAGAUGGAAAAGCCAUUGGUGAAGCACACGAACGUCUAAAAGUUGGAAAUGUUGAAGUUUUGAAUUGUUACUAUGCACAUGGUGAAGAGAAUCCAAAUUUCCAGAGGCGUAGCUAUUGGAUGUUAAAUUCGGCAAAGGAGCAUAUUGUGCUUGUUCAUUACAGAGAUACAAGUCAGACAACCCCGGGUAGAAAUAUUGCGGGGCCCCUUUCAGCAUUUUCUCCAGGAACUUCUUCAAAUCUUGUUCAAAGUUCCAACUCUUAUGCUAGUCAGCUAACAUCCAAUGAAACUAAUGGACAUUAUUAUGAGAACACCUCUAGUCCAAGUUGCAUAGAAGUUAGUUCAGAUUCUAUUACAAAAGCCAAGGGGAUAAGCCAUGAGAUUCUAAUGAAAACUGAAACUGUUACUGGUUCACCUAACUCUGAGGUUGAUCAGGCUUUGAAAAGAAUUGAAGAGCAGUUAAGUUUGGAUGAGGGCCAUUUGGAAGAAAUUGAUGCUUUAUACAAUGACAAUGAGAAUUCACAUGAUUUUGGGCUGACAAUGGAUGAACAAAGUUAUGAUAAUAUAUUUAAAGGGUACCAAGCAUCCAUGUUCCUGCCUCAUUCACUUGAAGAUCUAAAAUUUUCUUCAAAUAAGUAUGGAAGUGAUUCCGAUUACUCAACAAUGUUUGACCAAGAACAUAGUCAAACUCCUCCUGGACCAGAUUCAAGUUUGACCAUUGCACAAGAGCAGAAAUUUACUAUUCGUGAGAUAUCCCCAGAAUGGGGCUAUGCAAAUGAGUCAACCAAGGUAUUCUUUAUUGGGACAUUUACAUGUGAUUCAUGGACUUGUAUGUUUGGUGAUACUGAAGUUCCUGUCCAGAUUAUUCAAGAGGGAGUCAUUUGUUGCCAGGCUCCCCCUUGUUUGCUGCCUGGAAAAGUUACUGUUUCUAUUACUUCAAACAAUCAAGAGCCUCAUACUGAGAUAAAAGAGUUUGAAUAUCGCGAUAAACCAAGUAGUUAUAAACAUAACUCAUCAGAAACAGAAUCACAUAAGAGCUUGGAAGAAUUACUGUUACUAGUCAGACUUGUGCAAAUGCUACAAUUUGAUCAAAAAGGAGAAAGCACAGAAACUGAAGAUUCAUGGAGUCAACUCAUUGAGGCCCUUUUAGAUGGAAGUUUGGCAUCAUCUAAUGCAAUGGAAUGGAUCCUGGAACAACUUCUAAAAGACAAGCUGCACCAAUGGCUUUCUUCCAGAUUGAAGAAUAACAGUGCUCUUUCCAAAAGGGAACAAGGAAUGAUACACAUGGUUUCUGGAUUGGGCUUCUGUUGGGCCUUGAGCCCAAUACUUAACUCUGGUGUAAGCAUAAAUUUUCGCGAUAUUAAUGGCUGGACUGCUCUUCAUUGGGCUGCACGUUUCGGAAGGGAAAAAAUGGUGGCUGCACUCCUUGCUUGUGGUGCAUAUGCUGGAGCAAUUACAGAUCCAAGUAAGCAAGAUCCAACAGGGAAAACCCCGGCAUCAAUAGCUUCUGCAUGUGGACACAAGGGGCUUGCAGGUUACCUUUCAGAGAUGACAUUGACUGGUCAUCUUACAUCUCUCAAACUACAAGAAACUGAAGUUUCUAGAACUUGUGAUGACGUGGAAGCAGAAAGAACAGUAAACAGUCUUGGUGUACAUGAUGAUCAUAUUUAUCUUAAAGACACGUUAAGUGCUGUUAGGAAUGCAACUCAGGCUGCUGCACGUAUACAGUCUGCUUUCAGGGCACAUUCUUUUAGGAGAAGGCAACAGAAAGAAUCCGAGGGAAGUGAAGAUGAAUAUGGUUUGCUUUCAAGUGACAUUGAGGGUCUUUCAAAGGGGUCAAAGUUGACUUUUGGAAAUGCACAUGAUCACCAUGCUGCCUUGUCGAUACAGAAGAAAUACCGGGGGUGGAAAGGUCGAAAGGAUUUCGUUUCAUUUCGUCAGAAAAUAGUCAAAAUACAGGCUCUUGUGAGAGGUCAUCAGGUGAGGAAAAGCUAUAAGGUUAUAUGUUGGGCGGUGGGUAUAGUUGAGAAAGUUAUUCUAAGGUGGAGGCGAAAAGGAGCUGGUCUGCGAGGCUUUCGCCAGGGGUCAGCUGAAGAAGAUGAAGAUGAUGAUGAAGAUGUUGUGAAGGCAUUUCGGAAGGAGAAAGUGGAUGUUGCUAUUGGAGAAGCUGUGGCAAGGGUACUGGCCAUGGUAGACUCCAAACCAGCACGACAGCAGUAUCACCGCAUGCUUCAAAACCAUAGACAAGCUAUGGCCGAGCACCGAGGUUUUGGAGGUGGAGUAGCUAGUAUGGAAAUAGAUGACUGAUAGUUAUAUAGACAUGUAGAAGAAAUAGUUAUCAAGGUGUUAACUGUUAAGUGCUCAUGUAACCAAAUGGAGGUGCGUGUAAUUGGAUUUGUAUUCAUGUUAACCGCAAUAUGCCUCAUUUGUUUA